AUGACACAGCCUCGGCUAAGCACGGUUUACGAUCUAUCAAAUCUCAGGCUACAUCCCAAUGGACUGCGUGUCUACCAAAAGGACACGAAUCGCAGGCCAGACCUUGCCAAAAUCACCGUACAGGGUCCACGCCAGACUUGGAUAGCACGAGAUGUUGGAGGAACAGCAAAGAUUCCGACGAAUAGGAAACGGGUCAAAGACCGAGAGGAUCAAGAAGGAGAAGAGCAACCAGAAGAAGAAGAGGAUGGUUCUGACGAAGAAGAGUUCUCGGAGAUCGACGAGCAAGCAUCCAACGCUCAGGAAGACGAAGACAGAGAAGACAGGCCCAAACUAGGCAAAAAGCGAAAGUCGAAACGGCCAAACCCAUAUGUACUAAAACGCCAGAGGUUUGCUGCAGAUUUUGAUUAUCUCAAGAGCACGUACGACGCGUCUAGUUCUCGAGCUAGCCCAUCGACUGAGGUAGACGCCGAAUUUGAAGCCUCCGGUUCUAGCCAAAAGCUAACGAAAUUAGAGCUUCCGGACCCAUCUCCAGAACUUCUCAAAUUCAUUCACAGAUAUGCCGCCGAGUUCUAUACAGAACGAGGGCAGCUACUUAAUAGCUCACGCAAGUAUCGGAAGAAGCGCCGAAGACAUACGCGUCGGAAUCGACUACUACGAGAAAGACGAGUGCGAGUCCAGAAGGCACGCGUAAACCAUGGUUCCUCCUCAGAAUGGAGUGACUCGGAAUUAGAUUCAGAGGAUUUUGAUUCUUCGUCGGACGACGAAUCGGAUGAGGACGAAGGUGAACAAACGGAUGAAAACGUAGGGGACAAUGAAGAUCUUGGAGACGAAGAAAAUGACCUACAAGCGAGUACCAAUAGUGACAAGGGCAAAGGGAAAGGAAAGGGAACGGAGAAAGAUAAAUCAAGAAAAGGCAUACAAUACAGACAAGACGAGAAGUUAUACACGGACAUGUACAAGAUGUUCGAUGGUACCGCCAUUCUGGCACUAGGAAUGCUGGUGCAGGAACACAUAGCUCAGAUGCUCAAUCCGGACAUUCCUAAGGGCUGGCAAGAAGAAAUGCAUAAAGCAUAUGGAAGUCUUUCAAUGGAGGAUUUGCAAGACGGCGCAGAAGGUCUGGCUGGUGGAGAUCAAGAAGCUGAUAACGAGGAUGGGGACGGAACGGAAGAGGAAAGGGAACAAAAUGAUGACGACGAAGAAGAAGCGAGUGAAGGUGACGAAAGCGAGGAAGAAGAGAGCGAAGAGGAAGAAGGCGACGAGACUGCCUCCGAUGAACAUAUGGUUGAAGCUCAAAAUAGUUCCAGCACUACUAGGGUACCGCAGACCACAUCCGACAUGUCCAUGGAAGGCAAAACAAGGAAUACAUCGCUUAACUCUGAUGAUAGUCGCCACAUAAUGUCAAACGACCCCGCCUUGCCCUCCGCCACCACCGGCAGCGAUUACGCCAACGCGAAAUAA